AUUCUCUAUUUAUAAAAGACUCCUUAAAUAAAAUACAGAUAUAGAUUUGCAGAUUUUGGAAUUCGGUUGGAUCCGAACACCUCUAAUUCGAGAAAUCGAAGUAUGUGUUUGUGAGAGUUGGGACUGCUCUUAACUUCAUUUGAAUUUGUUGGUGUGAGAGUUGGACUGCUAUUUGACUAUUCAGUUGGAUGAAUUUCUGGUUCAAUUGGAUCUGAUCUGAUUGAGUUCGCAUCGCACUUUCAGCAGGAUGACUGAGGCGCAGCUGGAUUCAAAUCAACCGGCCGAGGCUAAUGAUGGCGCCAGAAAUGUGCUGGAUUUGGGAGCAUUUGUUGGCGAAUUGACUGACGAAGACGACGCCGCCAGUGAUGAUUUCUCACUCCAAGGACUAGAGCAGGAGCUUGAAGACUGUAAAACUGACGAUGUGGUUUCUAUGAUACUGUCGAAAGGUUCAUCAUUGCGGGACUACACUAGGGAUGUUGAGAACAAUCUAAGGCAGACUGAACUCGAGUCUAUUGAGGAUUAUAUUAAAGAAAGUGACAAUCUAGUAUCACUUCAUGACCAAAUUCAUGAGUGCGACACCAUCCUUUCACAAAUGGAAAAUCUCCUUAGUGGAUUUCAGGCAGAGAUAGGUUCAAUUAGUUCUGACAUAAAGAUUCUUCAAGAGAAGUCUAUGGAUAUGGGACUCAAGCUAAAGAAUCGAAAGGCAGCAGAAUCGAAAUUGUCUAAAUUUGUUGAGGAAAUAAUUGUUCCGCCAAGGAUGAUAGACAUAAUAGUUGACGGAGAGGUAAAUGAGGACUAUAUGAAGACCCUUGAGAUUCUUAGCAAAAAGCUCAAGUUUGUUGAAGUUGAUAGCAUGGUGAAAACAUCUAAAGCUUUAAAUGAUGUUCAACCUGAACUAGAAAAGCUUCGUCAAAAAGCAGUUUCAAAGGUGUUCGACUUCAUGGUUCAGAAACUAACCGCUUUAAGGAAACCCAAGACAAAUGUUCAGAUUCUUCAGCAAAGUGUUCUUUUAAAAUACAAAUAUGUGAUUUUGUUUAUGAAGGAGCAUGGGAAGGAGGUGUAUCUUGAUGUUCGUGCUGCAUAUAUUGACACCAUGAAUAAGGUCUUAAGUACAAACAUUCGAGCUUAUAUUCAAGCCUUAGAGAAGCUGCAAUUGGAUAUAGCAACAUCAAAUGAUUUGAUUGGUAUAGACACAAGAAGCACCAGUCUUUUUUUGAGAGGAAGGGAACCACUGAAAAAUCGGUCUGCUGUUUUUGCCUUAGGAGAAAGGAUAAAUAUUCUCAAGGAAAUUGAUGAAUCUGCUUUGAUUCCACACAUAGCUGAAGCCAGUUCUAAAAAGUAUCCUUAUGAAGUCCUUUUUAGGAGCUUGCAGAAGUUGCUUAUGGAUACUGCUACUUCUGAAUAUCUAUUCUGUGAUGAAUUCUUUGGAGAAGAAUCAAUGUUUUAUGACAUAUUUGCUGGUCCUUUCUUAGUAAUUGACGAACACAUGAACAUGAUUCUCCCUAACUGUUUUGAUGCCAUUGGUUUGAUGCUCAUGAUUCGUAUUAUAUACCAGCACCAGCUUAUAAUGUCUCGGAGGCGAAUACCAUGUCUAGAUUCAUACUUGGAUAAGGUUAAUAUUUCUCUAUGGCCACGGUUUAAGAUGGUGUUUGACAUGCAUGUGAACAGCCUACGAAAUGCCAAUGUCCGGGGUUUAUGGGAAGAUGAUGUGCAUCCACAUUAUGUUAUGAGACGCUAUGCAGAAUUUACGGCUUCACUAAUUCUACUUAAUGUGGAUUAUGGAGAUGGUCAGCUAGAACUCAACUUGGAAAGAUUGCGAAUGUCAGUGGAUGAUUUGCUUGUCAAGCUCGCCAAAUUGUUCCAGAAACCAAAGUCAAAAACUAUAUUUUUGAUAAAUAACUAUGACAUGACAAUUGCUGUACUGAAGGAAGCUGGUCCCGAUGGUGGAAAAAUUCAAAUGCACUUUGAAGAGUUGCUGAAGAGCAAUACGGCCAUUUAUGUGGAGGAACUGCUUGCAGAACACUUCCGUGACCUAAUCAAGUUUGUAAAGACAAGAGCUUCUGAGGACCCAAGGUCAGGGUCAGGGCAGCCAAUUACUGCGAGUGAAGUUGAAAUUAUCGUCAAGGAUUUCGGCAGCAGAUGGAAAGCUGCAAUAGAGUUGAUGCACAAUGAUGUUAUUACUUCCUUUAGCAACUUCUUAUGCGGUAUGGAAAUUCUGAGAGCUGCUCUGACUCAGUUACUGCUUUACUACACCAGGCUUUCCGAUUGCACAAAGAAAAUUGCUGGUGGGUCUGCCUUGAACAAGGACUUGGUUUCCAUAUCUUCAAUAAUGUAUGAAAUUAAGAAAUAUUCUAGAACAUUUUAGUGUUUCAUUUCAUUUUUCUUGAGAUCAGUGUACUAAAAAGACAAACUUUACUUGUAAGCUGUUUGUGCACUACUGUUUGUAAUCAGCUCUGGAUAUUCUGUUUGCAUGUUUAGGUUUCUUUGUAUAAACCACAUGAUCAAAUGUAACAUCCUUGGACCUACUCAAGUAACAACGAGGACUUGUACAUGUCAUGUUUAUAUCAAUUAUGAUACUGAUGUUUGAAAAUGUUAA